AUGCCCCCGCUCUAUCCCCUGCGCCGCAAAGCCCUCCUCAUAGGCAUCAACUACACAGCCUCUUCACAACGACUCCAAGGCUGCAUCGACGACGUGGCCAACAUGACCGAGUUCCUAAUCUCGCGCGGCUUCUCAACCCACCCAGCCAACAUGGUGACCUUGACGGACGAUUCUGAUCCACGAUCGCCCUAUUUCCCCACAGCGCAUAAUAUUCUAGCCGCGAUGCAUUGGCUGGUCAGCGAGCCCGGGUGCAUUUUGUUCCUGCAUUACUCGGGGCAUGGCGGGCAGGUGCCGGACCGGGACCGAGAGGUAGGAUUCGCUGAUACGAUUGUGCCCGUGGAUUUUGAGCGCGCGGGCAUGAUUGAUAGUGGUGCCUUGCAUCGCGUGUUGCGCGAGCUUGCGAGCGAUGAGAGAGAGUGUGCGGACGUGAUCAUAUCUGGCGAGUACACACAUGGGCAAGCAUGCGUGCCUGUGCGUGCUGGGUGA